AUGGUGCUUUUUAAAGCUACAUGCGCUUCAUGUUCUGGUCGAUGCCAGUGCUGCGUGACAGACAGAUGUGAAGAUUACAAAGGCGAGGACCAGGUGUGUGUUGAUGGCUGCAAAGAUGGUUAUCAUCAACCUCGAUGCAUGUUCCCGUGUAAAGGAAACUGUCAGACUUGUCGCCAAUCUGACGGAGUGUGCCUAACAUGUAAACCGGGAUUCUAUGGAAUAUCUGACAAUUGUUUAAAUGCAUGUGUUCACAGACACUGCGCAUGUGUUGAAACCGUAUGUGAUUACUGCCUUGAUGGAUUUUACGACGUUAGCCAACAUUGCAAUUCUGCUUGUCUAAAAGGAUGUACUGAAGACAAAUGCAAUGAUGAUGGAACUUGCAACUGUGUUGAAAAUUUUGAAGGAAAUAAAUGUGACAAGUGCGUUCUAGGGAAAUACGGAGAACUUUGCAAUAAUAAUUGCAUAAACGAGAACUGCAUGUGCACUAACGCGAGUAAUUGUAUUUCCUGUAGGACUGAAAAUACAUGUGAACACUGUAUACCUGGAUAUUUUGGUAGCGAAUGCACAAUGCCGUGCUCAAAAGGUUGUUUUAAUGGCACAUGCAAUAGAGAUGGCACGUGCAAGUGUAUUCGAUACUUUGUGAGCCGCUGCCUACGUGGUUGUGUUCGCAACUUCUACGCCGACAUGUGCGAUAUAGAGUGUCCAGCAACGACAACUUGUAAACCGGAAUCUUCAUCAUACGGGGGAAUCAUUGGGGGAACUGUUGGUGGUGCAAUUGCUAUGUUUUGUGUUAUUGCUGCCAUCCACAUAGUUCUGUUUCUUCGAAGGAGACGACAAAAGAAGAGGAACUCUUCUGAAAGAAACCGGGAGCUCACGUUGCACAGUCCGGAUCCAUAUGCAAUUGAACCGGAAAUGCAAUAUCAAGAGCUUAGUGUCAAACGCUUAAGCGAGAAUCAAGAUGAAACGUACACAGACCUCCAGGAAGCCACAACGUUAACAUGGUUCAAUAUGAGUUUGACGAUUGAACAGGGCAAUGUGUUCAUGUUGGCAUGGCUGGUGCCGAUUGUUGCCGGGGUAGCAGGAACACUCCGUACUGGAUCAGAUUUCUUUUCCAUUUGCCCUUAUGAGAAAUGUACGAACCGAGACAACUGUCAUUCUUGUAAAGACGGAUCUUACAGAUUUGAGAACAAUUGUAAACAUAACUGUUCUGUUGGGUGCGAUGGUACUGCAUGCUAUAAUAACGGAACUUGUGAUACUUGUAAGCCUUAUUUUUCUGGAAGUAAAUGUGACUCGUGUGUAGAUGGUCAAUAUGGAGCAAACUGCUCUUUGCAAUGCAGCCUAGGUUGUGCGGGAAAAGUCUGCAAUUCAAGGAAUGGAACAUGCCACUGCAGAAAUUAUUUUAGUGGUGAAAAGUGUGACUUAUGCGUAGAUGGCAACUAUGGAGAAAAUUGCUCUUUGAAAUGCAGUCAAGGUUGUGAGGAGAACACUUGCAAUUUACGUGAUGGAACAUGCAAUUGCAGUACUAAUUAUAGUGGGGAGCAAUGUGAAAACUGUAUCAGAGAUCGGUAUGGAGAGGGAUGUUCAAAAACAUGUAGCCUUGGCUGCUUAGAAAAUACUUGCUCUUCUACUGAUGGGAAGUGUGAUUGUAAAGAGUUUUACACAGGAGAUAGAUGUGACGUUUGUAGAGACGGGCGGAACGGUGACCAUUGUCUGAAUAACAUUGAAUCGAGACGUCCCAACAAAACAAACAACUUUCCAACUGGUGCACUUACAGGGGGAGUUAUUGGUGCUGUAAUAGUGUUUGAUGCUGCUGUCGUUAUAGCUGUUUUGUUAAGGCGAAGAUUAUCACAAAGGGAAGCACAAGGGCAUACCGACGAGCAGGAGACUACACAUCCUGGGAAGUGAAACCAGACAGCUUCACCAUCUUCAAUUUACCUGCUGGCCAGACAAAG